ACCCCAGUAUCCACCCAAAAAAUGUUGACUAGUAAUUUUCGAAAACUCUUUCUUCAGCUAACUUGACCUCUCUCUCCAACCAUCCUUGUUCCCACAUCUGUUUCAUUGCAUUUUUCUCACAUCUUAUCCACCUAAAGUUUCCCAUGACAGAAAAGCUUUAGCUUCAUUGCUGCAAUGGUGAACAACCUGAAGCUUCUCCUGUUUAGUGUAUUGUCUUUUCUCCUAUGUUUUCAACCCAUUUAUGCAAUUGAUUUUGUCUUCAAUGGUUUCAAUUCCUCUAACUUGUUACUAUAUGGCAGUGCCACCCUUGAAUCUCGUAUUCUUACUCUUACCAAUGAAACAUCUUUCACAAUUGGUCGGGCUCUUUAUCCAUCAAAAAUCCCAACAAAGAAGCCAAACUCUUCUUAUGUAUACCCAUUUUCAACUUCUUUUAUCUUCGCCAUGGCUCCUUACAAGAAUAAUCUCGCGGGCCACGGCCUGGUUUUGCUUUUUGUACCAUUUACUGGUAUUGAAGGCGCCACGGCAUCUCAAAAUCUCGGCCUUUUCAACCGCACAAACGAUCGUGAUCCCAAUAACCAUGUUUUUGGAAUCGAGUUCGAUGUUUUUAAGAACGAAGAGUUCAAUGAUAUUGACGACAACCAUGUUGGAAUUGAUGUAAAUUCUCUUUAUUCUAUGACUGCACAACCAGCGGGAUAUUGGCCUGACAAUUCAAAUGAUGAUGCCGAGUCAUUCAAGAAACUGAAGUUAAACAAUGGUAAAAAUUAUCAGGUUUGGAUUGACUAUGCAGAUUCUUUGAUUAAUGUAACUAUGGCAGUGGCAGGCACGGAGAGGCCUAAAAGGCCUUUAUUGAAUGUUUCUCUCAACUUGUCUGAUGUUUUUGAGGAUCAAAUGUAUGUUGGGUUCACGGCAUCGACAGGACAAUUAGUUGAAAGUCACAAGAUUUUGGCUUGGAGUUUCAGUAAUACAAAUUUUUCGUUGAGUGAAAAGUUGAUCACUAAUGGUUUGCCAUCUUUUGUUCUUCCAAGGACUCCAUUUUUUAAAUCAAAGUGGUUUAUUGCAGGAGCAACAGUUGGCAGUUUCUUCGUUGUUGUUUCUUGUGUUCUGUUUUCUCUGUUUUUGAUAAAGAGAAGACGAAGGAUAGCAAGGGAGAGAGCGGAAAUGGAAGAUUGGGAAUUGGAGUAUUGGCCUCACAGAGUUACUUAUCAAGAAAUUGAAGCAGCAACAAAGGGAUUUUCUGAGGAAAAUGUGAUUGGUAUUGGAGGAAAUGGAAAGGUCUAUAAAGGAGUUUUGGCAGGAGGAGCUGAGAUUGCAGUGAAGUGCAUUUCACAUGAAAAUGAAGGAAUGAGAGCAUUUCUGGCAGAAAUUGCAACCCUUGGAAGACUUAAACACAGGAAUUUGGUGGCAUUGAGAGGUUGGUGUAAGAGAGAAAAAGGGAGCUUCAUGUUGAUGUAUGAUUACAUGGAAAAUGGAAGUUUAGACAAGAGAAUUUUUGAAUGUGAUGAGAGUAAAAUGUUGAGCUGUGAAGAGAGAAUAAGGAUUCUGAAAGAUGUGGCUUCUGGGGUAUCAUACCUGCAUGAGGGAUGGGAAAAAAAAGUGCUACACAGGGACAUUAAGGCCAGCAAUGUGUUACUUGAUAAGGAUAUGAAUGGAAGGCUAGGUGAUUUUGGUUUAGCCCGGAUGCACAGCCACGGUCAAGUGGCUAGCACGACUCGUGUGGUUGGCACCGUAGGCUACUUGGCGCCGGAAGUGAUCACCACUGGACGAGCUUCAGCGCAAACUGAUGUGUUUGGAUUUGGGAUCUUGGUUUUAGAGGUCAUGUGUGGGAGGAGACCUAUAGAGGCAGGGAAGCCGAAUUUGGUGGAAAUGGUAUCACAAAUGAUGGUGGCAGGAAAAUUACUAGAUGCAUUAGACGAGCGAUUGAGGAUGAAAGGAGGUUUCAAUGAGGAGGAAGUAGAGAGGGUAAUGCAGUUAGGAAUGUUGUGUGCUUUUCCAGAUCCUAGUGCAAGACCAACCAUGAGACAAGUGGUGAAAGUGUUAGAAGGAAGGACCGAGGCUUUUGAGUAUGAAACGGAGGACAUGGAUGCAUAUUUGUUGCAGAAGUCCAAGGAUAUGUGGUCCAAUUAUUCUCAAAGUUUUAGUAGCUCUAGCUUUGCAAUACAUCCAACAUUCAAAGAUAUCAAGCAGUCCCUUUCUUCUUCCAUGUCAAUAUCUUGGUCUGAUACAACAAUGGUGGGGAGAUGAAUCAUAAAUCUAAAUCAAAUUGUAUUAACGAGGACAGGAAUACUUGAAAGAUUUUGUUUCUAUUUUUUUACAUUUAGGCUUGUUACUGUACAUAAGUGUUGUAAUAAUUGAAGGACUAGUUCAGAUUAUAGAUCAUACAUAAA